AUGGUAUUAAAUACUACUGAGGAUGAGGAGAUGGCUGUGAUUGGGGAGCGAAGGGACUUUCUGUCUCAUGUGAUCUCUGCAUUAAGGGCCAAAAUACUAGUUCACAAGGGUUGUGAGGCAUUUCUAGCCUAUAUUGGUGCAUCCGAUUCUGGGAGUUCUUAUGUUAGAGAUGUCAGAACUGUUAAGGAUUUUUCUGAUGUAUUUCCUGAUGAGCUCCUUGGGUUGCCUCCGAGCUACGAAGUUGAAUUUGGAAUCGAGCUUCUGCUAGGAACAGCUCUAGUGGAGAAACAACUGUAUGCUAAGCUCAGCAAGUGUGAGUUCUGGCUGCCAGAAGUGACAUUUCUGGGUCACGUGGUAUCUGCCGAGGGGAUUAGGGUUGAUCCUCAGAAAAUUGAUGCUGUAUUGGUUUGGAAACCACCUAAGACCCCAGAGUCUGGAAAGGAAUUCACUAUCUACAGUGAUGCAUCACACGAUGGUUUGGGUUAUGUGCUGAUUCAGGACGGUAAGUUGGUUGCUUAUGCGUUUCAGAAGCUUAAGCCUCACGAGAAGAAGUUGAAUCUUAGGCGGCGAAGAUGGAUAGAGCUACUCAAGGAUUAUGAUUGCUCGAUUGAGUACCAUCUGGGUAAGGCUAACGUGGUAGUUGACGCAUUGAGCCGUAGGCCUGUAUCUGAUUUGAGAGCGACGUUUGCUCAUCUCAGCUUGUUUUAUGAUGGUAGCUUGUUGGCUGAGCUGCAAGUUAGACCGACGUGGACUGAACAAGUUAAGGGUAAACAGUUGUUGGAUGAGUCACUGGUUCCUAGUUUUCGACAGGUUAAGAGUGGGGAAACUUUAGAUUUUGGGUUGAAUAGUGAAGGAGUUAUGUGCUUCCGUGGGAGACAAGUGAAGGCUGAACAUCAGUUACCUUCAGGGUUACUACAGCCAGUUAAGAUUCCACUUUGGAUGUGGGAGAGAGUAACCAUGGAUUUUGUGAGUGGGCUGCCCUUAACGCCUACCAAGAAGGAUUCGGUAUGGAUUAUUGUAGAUCGAUUGGCUAAAUCUGCCAAUUUCAUACCAGUUCGUACUGAUUAUUCUUUGCAGAAGUUGGCUAAAUUGUAUAUGGCUGAGAUUGUAAGACUACAAGGGAUAGAUGGUCAAUCAGAGAGGGUGAUUCAAAUACUGGAGGAUAUGUUAAGGUAUUGUGUAAUGGAUUUCCGAGGCAAUUGGGAAGAUUAUUUGCCGCUAGCAGAGUUUACGUAUAAUAAUAGCUACCAGUCCAGUAUUCAAAUGGCACCGUACGAGGCAUUGUAUGGUCGUAGAUGUCGUACUCCUACCUGUUGGACUGAGUUGGGCGAGGGCCAGAGUUAG